AUCAAAAACACGCUUUUCCGUUUUGGAGACGGAGCAUUGAUUGGUGGUUCCGUCAAGAAAGAAUAAAAGGGGGUCUCUCCCUUGGCGGCUGAGAUUCUUCCCGGCAUCAAAUUCCCGCCGUUUGGAUGCCGAGAAGACUCGCCGCCGAUCCCCGACGAGACGACCGGAACUGCGUCAUCGCGUCUGGAAGGAUCCGAGUGGGCCCCGGGGAUCGCGGACACGCUGUCCCCUGCAGAGUCCGAGGGAAUUUAUGAGCACGAGAUCCCGAUUCCCGGUACAGGGGCUGCAGUAGGAUGGGCCUGAUGGUUUCUACUCUGCUGAAGUUGGCAGCAUUAUUGAUUCUUCUGGGAUUGACUAAUGCUUCUCCCGACAAAUUCAACUUUGGCCAUUGUGAAAAAAUUGUGAAAAGGUGGGCAAGUUCUGCAGUGAAUCAAGAAGCUAAAGCAGAUGCACACACGUUGCGUGAUUUGCUGUUCUUUCUCCAUGUUCCAAGAACCGGAGGGCGGACAUACUUUCACUGUUUCUUGAAGAAGCUGUACUCUAAUUCUCAGGAAUGUCCCCGUUCAUAUGAUAAGCUGCGUUUCGAUCCCAGCAAGGCGAAGUGCAGGUUAUUGGUGAAUCAUGAUGACUAUAGCAUGAUGUCCAAACUUCCAGACGAAAGAACUUCUGUGGUGACAAUACUAAGAAACCCGGUUGACCGUGUUUUUAGUACUUACGAAUUCUCAGUAGAGGUAGCAGCUAGAUUUUUGGUGCAUCCUAAUUUGACUUCGGCAACGAAUAUGGCUAGACGUUUGCGUGCUAAAACAAAAGGAGUUAGUACUCUGGAUAUAUGGCCUUGGAAAUAUCUGGUGCCUUGGAUGAGAGAAGACUUAUUUGCUAGGAGAGAUGCUCGAAGAAGGAAUGGCCCAAUUGAGGUCGAGGGCAAUGACCCGUAUGACAUGGAGGAGAUGGUUAUGCCGUUGCAUGAUUAUAUCAAUGACCCAAUUGCUCGAGACAUUAUUCACAAUGGCGCUACUUUCCAAGUUGCAGGACUUACAAAUAAUUCUUAUUUCACCGAUGCACAUGAAGUACGCCAUUGUAUUAUGCAGUAUAAAGAACUUGGUGAUUAUGCCCUUGCAGUUGCAAAGAAGAGGUUGGAUAAUAUGCUAUAUGUUGGUCUAACUGAAGAGCAUCGCGAAUCUGCUACUAUGUUUGCAAAUGUGGUCGGUGCACAAGUGAUUUCACAAUUGAAAUCAACAAAACCUGGUGCAGCGACUGCUGCUGCUGAGGAAACAUCAGAACAAAGCACUAUAUUGGAUCCUGAGCCUGAUGAUGGACAGAGUCAGAAUACUACAUCAGAGCAGGAGAAUGGGAUAUCUACACCAGGAAAUGCGGAAACUGGUAAAGGCAAUAUGACUGUGAAUAAGCUUAUGGGAGCUUAUGAAAGCUGCAUAUCUACUCUGAGAAAGUCCCAAUCGCGUCGGCGUGUCACUUCCUUAAAGCACAUCGCUCCUGCUAACUUCACAAAGGAGGCACGGCUUCAUGUCUCCGCAGCAGUUCUUCGGGAGAUAAAGUCACUUAAUAGCCUUGAUUUGGAGCUCUAUGAGUAUGCGCAGGAGAUUUUCGCCAAGCAACACAGCCUCUCCAACCAAAAACUGCUUACCACAGAAAGCUUUGGCGGCAUUAUAAGCAGUUCAUACAGCAUCACCCCUUGGAAUCUCGUCUUGUUGGCGUCACCACUUAUCUUGCUUGUCUUGUUUAUUUUUGCAUUUGUAAGAGCCAGGAGAACGUCAAAAAUUAAGAUAUGAAUUUAAAUUUGCUCGAGGGGUUUUCAGAAUCGAUGAGCAUGUUCAAAAAGCUUCGGGAUAUCAUAUAUCCCUCCCCUCACGGUAUGUGUUCACGGUUAUGAUACUUGGGAUGUUGAUGAUAGGGUGGAAAGUUUUGGUAGUCUUCGCAUCCACGCCUUAAGGCUUGUAUUUUAGGUUUCUUGGAUCUUACUUUUAUUUUAUUUUUCUCGGUUUGAUUUGAAUCAAAGAGCAGCUGAAUUAUGAA